CCACCCACGCGCCUUUAGACCAUAUUCUAGACCAUAAAUAAGUCUCAGUAAAUUUUAAAUUUGUUCUCUGACCACAAUUAAAUUAAAUUAGAAACUAAGAACAGUGAGAUAACUAGGAAAAUGAUAAAUAUUUGGAAACUAAACACUUUAAAUAUUUAAUAGGUUGAAGAAGAAAUUACAAGAGAUUAGCAAAUAUUUUGUACUGAAUGAUAAUAAAAAUAUAACGUAUCAAAUUUGUGGGAUAUGCUAGAGGGAAAUAAGUUAUAGCUUUGAAUGCCUAUAAGAUAAAAGAAGAAAGCUCUCAAAUCAAUUUUCCACUUUUCCACCUAAGUUUCCACCUUUAAAAACUAGAAAAAGAAGCAAAUUAAACCCAAAGCAAUCAGAAGGAAGGAAAUAAUAAAGAUAAGACAGAAAUCAAUGAAAUAGAGAACAGGAAAAAAAAAAAGGGAAAAUUAAUAAAACCAAAAGCUGGUCAUUUGAAAAAACUAAUAAAAUUGAUAAAUCUCCUUUCCAUGCCGAUAGCGCUCCCGCAAACAUGGUGAACGUUCCUAAAACCCGCCGGACUUUCUGCAAGAAGUGUGGCAAGCACCAGCCCCACAAAGUGACACAGUACAAGAAGGGCAAAGAUUCUCUUUAUGCCCAGGGAAAGCGGCGUUAUGACAGGAAGCAGAGUGGCUAUGGUGGGCAGACUAAGCCAAUUUUCCAGAAAAAGGCUAAAACUACAAAGAAGAUUGUGCUGAGGCUUGAAUGUGUUGAGCCCAAUUGCAGAUCUAAGAGAAUGCUGGCUACUAAGAGAUGCAAGCAUUUUGAACUGGGAGGAGAUAAGAAGAGAAAGGGCCAAGUGAUCCAGUUCUAAGCCUCAUAUUUUUUUAAUAUUAUGAAGACAAUAAAAUCUUGAGGUUAUGUUCACUUCAAAAAAAAAAAUUGAUAAAUCUCAAUCCCACCUGACCAAGAAAAAAAAUAAGAAAUUGCCAUAUCAGUAAUGAAAGAGAGCACUCCAUUACAGAUCCUUCAGACAUUAAAAGGAGAACACUCCAUUAUUAUUUUUAAAGUUUUUAAAAGACUUAUUUAAUAUUUAUUUGCGAGAGAGAGUGGGGGAGGGGCAAAGGGAGAGAGUCUUCAUGCAGACUUUCUGCUGAGCACAGAGUCUGACUCUGGGCUCAAUCUCACUACCCAUGAGAUCAUGACCUGAGCUAAAACCAAGAAUCAGAUGCCCAACCAACUGAGGUGCCACCCAGGCACCCCAAAUACUCCAUUAUUAUUAGUAUGAGCAUCUUUAUGCCAUUAAAUGUGAACAUUUAGGUGCAAUGGACACAUUCUGGGAAAGACAAAUUACAAAGCUGACUCAAGAAGAAACAGAAUGCUUGAACAGCCUUCUGACAAAGAAAUGAAAUUUGGCAUUUAAAAACAUUCUGACAAAGAAAACUUCUGGCUCAGAUGGCUUCACUGGUGAAUUCUAUCAAACAUUUAAAGAAGAAAUAAUACCAAUCCUACGAAAACUCUUCCAGAAAAUAAAGGAGGAAGAAACACUUUCCAACUCAUUUUAUGAUGUCAGUAUUAUCCUGAUUCCAAAACCAGUUGAAAACAUCUAAAGAAAAAAAACUACAGAUCAAUAGCCCUCAUGAAUAUAAAUGUAAAAGUCCUCAACAACCUAUUAUCAAAUCAAAUCUAGCAGCAUAUAAAAAGAUUAUAUGCUACUCAAGGGGCAAUGCAAGUUUGGCUUGACAUCUAAAAAUCAAUCAGUGUAAUUCAACAAAUUAAUAGAAUAUAGGAGGAAAAUAAUAUGAACAUUUUAGUAAGUACAGAAAUAGCAUUUUUUGAAAUUCAAUACCUUUUUAUCAUUAAAAAAAAACUCAGCAAAUUAUGAAUAAAAGCAAACUUCCCAACAUGGUUAAGGCAUUCUACAAGAGAUGACAGCUAAUGUCAUGCUACGAUGUGAAGGAUUCAGUGCUUGCCACCUAAGACCAGGGAAAAGGCUAAGAUGUUAGCUCUAACCACUUUUCUUUAAUAUUGUAUGGAAGUACCAAGCCAGUGCUAGGCCCUGGUAUACAGAGUAUACAGAGUAUAAAGGAAGAAGUAAAACUGUCUUUAUUUGCAAGUGACAUACAGAAAACCCUAAGGAAUCCACACACAAAAAACUAUUAGAAGUAAUAAUGAACUUAGCAAGGUUGCAGGAUAAAAUAUACAAUAAUCAAUUUUAUUUCUCCAUUUAAAAUAGCAUAAAGGGGCACCUGGGUGGCUCAGUCAGUUAAGCAUCUGCCUUUGGCUCUGGUCAUGAUCCCAGGGUCCUAGGAUCAAGCCCCACAUGGGGCUCCCUGCUGAGCGGGGAGUCUGCUUCUCCUUCUCCCUUUGCCCCUCCUCACCAUUCGUGCUCUCUCUCUCAAAUGGAUAAAUAGAAUCUGUAAAAAAUAUUUAAACAUAGCAUAAACAUUUAGGAAUAAAUUUAGCAAAAGAUGUGCAAGACCUAUAGGCUGAAAAUGACAAAACAUUAUGGGAAAUUCAAGAUCUCCAUAAAUAGAGCUAUGCCAUGUUCAUGGAUCAGAAGUCUCAAUGUUGUUAAACUAGCAGUCCUCCUCAAAUUAGUCAAUAGAUUCAGUAAGUCAAUAGAUUCAAUAAAUUCAGACAAGGUUUUUUUUUUAAAGAAAUUUACAAAUUGGGGUGCCUGGGUGGCUCAGUCAUUAAACAUCUGCCUUCGGCUCAGGUCAUGAUCCCAGGGUCCUGGAAUCGAUCCCUGCAUUGGGUUCCCUGCUCUGCAGGAAGCCUGCUUCUCCUCUCCCACUCUCCCUGCUUGUGUUCCCUCUCUCACUCUGUCUCUCUCUGUCAAAAAAUAAAUAAAAAAUCUUAAAAAAAAAAAAAAGAAAUUUACAAAUUUAUUUUAAACCUUAUAUGAGAAGACAAAGAACCGAGAAUAGCUAAAACUAUUUAGAAAAAGAACAAUAUUGGAGCACUUAUGCUACCUAAUUUCAAGAAAAAUAUGUGGCUCUUGCAGUAACAAUAUGUGGCCUUUACUAACAAUGUGUAGUAAACCUAAUUUUAUCCUUUUGGCUUAUGAAUUAGCAUUUCAAUAA